AUGUAUACUCGUGGAAACAGAAAAGACUAUGAUUUUAACAUUUCUGGAUGGACAUGGAAAGAUAUCGAACCAUAUUUUCUUAAAUAUGAAGGCCUACAAGACUUGAAUCUUCUUCCUAAAUCAUCAGCAGCAUAUCACAAUACUUCUGGGGUAGUUUCGAUUGGCUAUUUCGGAGAUUCUGGUAAUCCGUGGCACAAAAGAAUUAUAGAAGGUAUGACAUCUCUCAAUUUUCCAUAUAAUCCAGAUGUAAAUGCUGAAUCUCAAAUUGGCGUUUCCAAAGUCUUAGGUUUUACUUCGGGAGGUGAACGAGUAAGCACAGCCAAAGCUUAUUUAGAACUGAAGGGUGUUCAGAGAAAUUUAAAAAUAGCAAAGAACACACAAUGUACGGGAGUUAUUAUUGACGAGAAUAACACAGCGCGAGGAGUUACAGUGUCCAGAAGUGUAAAUGAAACAUUACGCUUAUAUGCAAAAAAUGAAGUCGUUCUCAGUGCGGGAACUAUUGGAAGUGCUCAAUUAUUAAUGCUCUCUGGUGUCGGACUAAAAGAACAUUUAAGAGAAUUCGGUAUUCCAGUUAAGGCGGAUUUGUCUGUUGGCAAUGAAAUGUCAGAUCAUGUACUACCGCUUAUUAACAUCAAAGUUGAUCAUGAUGCUUUUUCAGCUUCAAAUCCUUUAUCAAUUGGAUUGAAAGGCAUUGAAGCUCUACAAUGGUUAACCACUAGAACUGGACCGAUGACGUCAAAUAGUUUGACUGACGUUACAGCUUUUCUUAAUUCAAAUUGUUACAACUUUACUCUCAAACGCUUAGUGAACGAUAGACCUGAGUGCGCAAUACCGAAUUUACAGUUUAUUUAUGCUUAUUUACAUAAAGGAGUUGCAAAUAUAGCUCAAACUUUUUUACCGAUGGCUGGAGAAGUGCUAGAACAGACAAUAUCAGCUAACGACGAAAGUAGUUUCAUUGUUAUAUCAUCUGUGAUAAUGAGACCCAAGUCACGGGGGUGGAUCCGUUUAGCAAGUUCAGACCCACUCGUGCCGCCUGCCAUUAAUCCUAAUUAUUUAUCCGAAGAAAGCGAUGUUAAAGAAAUGGUUGAAGCUAUAAAAAUCAUCGAGCAAAUGGUUGAAACGCCGAUAUAUAAGAAAUACAACGCAUCGAUACACCGAUUAAAAAUCUCUGGCUGUCCUGAUGUAGAUAAAAAUGGGUACUGGGAAUGCUAUGUACGUCAUAUGACAAAUUCAGUGUACCACGCUGUCGGUACGGCAGCGAUCGGCCGCGUUGUGGACGAGCGUUUGAGGGUUAAAGGGAUAAAAAACCUUCGAGUUGGUGAUGCAUCAGUAUUGCCCCAUCUACCGCGCGGAAACACGGCUGCCGCUAUCAUAGCGAUAGGGGAACGAUUAGCAGAUUUCUUAUUACAAGAUCAGUGGUUGUCACGAUAA